AUGAAGUUCCAUCUUAAAAGAUAUGUCAUAGUUACUUCAAUACUACUAUCUUUUUUCUUAUUAUUCAGACGACAAUUUCUUCCCCUAACCCAACGACAACCAAAUCCAAUUAAUAAUGAACUAGUUUCAUUUGAUCUAAUCAAACAACGCAAUAAAUUUGAAAACCCAAUAUAUGCCAAAUGGAAAUUAUCAUCGUCAAGUCCUUUAGAAACUGAUUUAACUACACGAUGUAAUGAUUAUUUCCAACAAUUAUUAACUCAAGAAAAUUUUCAAAUCAAUUAUCACGAUAGUGGUUAUAAAACUGAACCUUUUGUAUAUAAAAGGAAAAAAUGGCUUAAAGAAAGAAUUAGAUCACUUCGUAAACAAUAUAAAUUUGAUAAAAAUAAAGAUAAAUAUGAUUUUGAUCAAAUUGCUAAACAAGAAUUUUCCAUUGUUAGUAAAAACCAAUCAAUUCAUGAAUUAAAUAUUUAUCAACAUUUUUCUCAUACAAGAAUAUUUGGUAAAUGUUUUGCUACAAAUAAUAAUAAUAAUAAUAAUAAUGGAGUGAUUAAUAUGGAAAAUCCACAAUCAAAUCAAUUAUGUAAAUCAUUUGUUCAAAAAUUAUAUCCUUGGAUGAGUGGGAAUUUGCCCAUAUUUGAAAGAAAUAAAGAGAGAUCACCACCACAAUUGGAUGAUUCUACUGAUUGUAUAAUUGAACAAAUAUAUAAAAAUAGUAAAGGGAAAGGGAAAGGGAUCAUAAUCCCUUUGAUGACACAAGAUAAAUCAAAUAAUCAAAUUCAAAAUAUUGGUCGUUUAAUUAAAGUUUUAAGAGGAUUAAAUAAUACUUUACCCAUUGAAAUCACAUUUAUGGAAUUAAUAACACCAGAAGCAAAACAGCAAUUAUAUGAUAUAGCAACAUCUGAUUCACAAAUGUACCCCACUAAACAAGAUAUAGCAUUUGUUGAUCUUUCACCAACUACCACUAAUCAAGUUAAGGGUUCCAUUUCUGAUAGUUCAAUAAUCACAUUAAGUUCAAUAUUUACAUCAUUUGAAGAAUUUAUUAUUUUAAAUCAACAUAUUAUUCCAUUAAUUGAAUUAACAAAAUUUUUCAAUAAUGAAAGAUAUAAAUUACAUGGAACAUAUUUUUUUAAAUCACCUAGUAAAUUAAAAUAUCGUACAACUAAAUUUAAUAUUGGAUUUCAUGAAAUUGCUUCAUUUAUAAAAAAUCAAUUAAUUCCCAAUAAAUUUGAUAAACAUUAUUUCAAUCUAUACCAAAAGGGAUCAGAAAAUGGUGAUGAGGUAACUAUUGAUAGAUUUUUCAAUUAUCAAUUUAAUAAUUUAAUUGAUUCAUCAUUAAUAAUUUUCAAUAAAUCGAAAACAUUAAGUGGAUUAUUGAUUAGUGGGAAUUUUGAAUUUUUAUAUCAUGAUGAUUUAUUCAACAUUAGAAUCAAUAAUACACCAACGAAAACCAAAAUGGAUUAUUUAUGGUUAGGACAAUAUAUAUCUGGUAUAAAUGAACAAAUUAUAUUUAAUUUCAAUUAUGCAAUUAUGCCAGGGAUUUUAACUCCAUCACAAAAUUUACCUAAAGAUCUGAUUGAAUGUUUAGAAAUUUGUUCAUCUUCUUGGGGUCAAUUAUCUGAUAUUGAUGAUAUUUCAUUAUUAUAUAUUACUUCUCAUCAAUUACAAAAUUGGUUAAAUCAUCAAAAAUUUUUCGAAUCUUUAUUGAAAGAUAAAUAUGAAUUUAAAUUUAAUGAAUUAGUUGAUAAUUUUUUAAUCACAAACACCAACACCAACACCAACACCAACACCAAUACCAAUGGUAACACUAAUGAUAAAGACUCGACAAAAUUAACUAUGGGAAGAAUUGAUUUAUCAAUUUUUGAAAAAAUAAAAACUCAACCAUUAAAAAUUGAAACUAUUAUUCGUCCACCAACUUUAAUUGAACCAAUCAAUGUAUUAGGUUAUAAUGAACCAGAUCAAGCUUGGGUUCAUCAAGAUGAUUUUGAUCGAAUUGGACAAAAUGGUCAAGGUCAAGGUCAAGGUCAAGGUCAUCCAUUUUAUUGUGUAUAUAGUUCAAUUGGUGAUCCUUUAAAAGAAGGGAUUAGAGGAUUAUCUAUUAAUGUUGAACAAAGUUUACAAAAAAAAUAUAAGAAAUUAAUUGAAAUUUGGUUACAAGAUUAA